AUGUAUCCAAUCUCAGACCUCACCGCGUUCUGUCGCAGGACCACUGGCUUUGUGCCCCCCAAGCUCGUCGGCGCGUCCACCACCGUCAUAGGGUCCAAGAUGUACCUUUAUGGAGGUCGCUUGGUGUCCGAACGCAAAAUGGUCUCGGAUAUCUACGUCUUCGACUUCGAGACGUGCAGCUGGGACCGGAUUCCGCAAUCACCCUCCGACGACAUUCCGCAGGCGCGGUAUUUUCACAGCGCAGAUACAUGGCACAACCAUCUCAUCAUUUUCGGCGGCAUGGCCAUCAAGCCGCAGUCCGACAAUCCAGAGGAUCUCUGCGUUUUGAACGAUGUCCGACUGUUCGACCUCACCACUGGACACUGGCUUCCAGCCGCCACGACAUCUGGCGAUUCCUCCCUUGUACCCAACGCUCGUUACGCCCACCUUAGCUCCGUCACUGCCGACCGCCUGUUCGUUAUCGGAGGCCAAGACUUGGACAAUGUCUGGCUAGAUGACGUGUACAUCUACGAUCUCGCAGCGAAGGUUUGGGUGCAGCGCCGUGAGUACGCUCGGCAUUGUGGUACAUACAGAAGUGUGGCGGCCACUGCCGACACGCGUGUUCGGCUACCUCAAGAAGAACUGCGCACUGGUCAGGCGUCCUCUUCUCUUGGUCCACCUGGAACUCGAUUCAAGGUGAACAAGGCUGCACCUCCCACAGCACAGGUCACUCAAUCAGAAUCGCUUGUGCACUUGCCGUAUUCGGCUCCUCCCACUGAUGAGUAUCCAUGUGAUAUUUUUCUCUUCAGCAAUUACAAUUUCACAGACGUUCAGCGAGAAUUGGAAGUCUUCUCUCCACUUUCUGACGGUGAUUUUACCGUGUCCGAUCGUUCUGCUUCCAUGACUGGCACUUCAUUCCCCCCCGGCCUUCGUUUCCCCACGGGAGCUAUUCUCGGGACGCACUUCAUUGUCGCUGGCACCUAUCUCUCACAGACCUACCAAUCUUUCUCAAUAUGGGCGCUGGAUCUCAUCAAUAUGACGUGGUCGCGCAUCGACCCUGGCAGCGCACUCGCCACGGGCUCGUGGUUCAGAAGCUGCCUUUGGCCUGCCGCGAACAAGUUUAUGGUGUUUGGCAACCGACAUGGGAACCUCGUCGAGGAUUACAAUCGCCGCCUCCUCAGCUGGGACCACGUGACGUGCAUUGAUCUGGAGGCAUUCGGCAUCUACCAACCGCCUUUCCCCUUGCUGGACGUACCCUCGCAAGAGCUCGGCCUUGCAGCCUUCGAGGAGGGUGUUCUCACUGACUUCGAGAUCGUGUGCGACGAUGGCCGCAAGAUCAGGUGCUCGCGCAAGAUGCUCGAAGAGCGCUGGCCAUGGUUCAAGGAGCAGCAGAGGCGAUUCGUUCAGGCAGCGAAGCGAGAAGCUGAGGCGAUGCCCACGAUCCCAGAACACGUUCCUCUUCCUGAACUACCUGGCGGGUACGACGGGCAGGAGCCUCGUCCGGACCCACGCCUGACCCCGCGCGCGUUCCACCUAUCGGAGCCCUACCCAAUUACCCUGGCGCUGGUGCAGUACUUCUAUUCAAUGGCACUGAUCACGCCUCUGCAGCAUGCGCCCGCGGUCCUUACCCAGCUGCUGCUUCUGUCGAGUACGUACGAGCUGGCCCACCUGCAGUCACUCGUCAAGCAUGCGAUGCAUCGCGCGCUGAGCUAUGCGACAUCGGUGGGCAUCUACGGGGUCUCGACGCUCUGUGGCUGCCGGAGCCUCCAAAUCCGGUAUGUUUUUCGUUUCCCAAGUAUCAAUAUCUGA